AUGCAAACUGUAUACAUUUUCUGUGCAGAGAGGAAAAAGGCAACUUCCUGGUUCCAACGACAGUUCUCCGACCAAAAGGGUGGGGAAGAUGAUUCUGUUGAUCUUGAUUUCGGAGCAGCGAUUGCAGCUGCUGCAUAUGCUAUCAUGUUGGCCGAAGAAGGACUUCUGAGCAAGAAGAAGCCAAUUGAUGAGCUUGGAAGCUCCCUGACCAGGAGCAAAAGCAGAAGGGAGGAUAGCAUGAGCAGUUCAACAGAAAACAGAAAAAUUUCCAGAUGGUUCAGUGCCAAACAAGAAGAUGAUGAGCAUGAAGGCAGAGUAGAAGGUAAUAACUUCAAGAGGAAGCCAUCAACAUUAACUGAAAGAAUGAAGCAAGAAUCUGCUGCAGAUCUGAAGAUGAAGGAAAAGGAAAUGAAUUCAGCCCCGAGAAUUAAAAAGACCCCAACUUUUUCAGAUAAGUACCUAAAUGACACAGGCAGCAAGCCUUUUGAAAGUGAACGAGAUAAGCAGAGUGCUCCAUACUCCAAAAAGCCCAUGCCUUCCUAUUUUAGCAGUGGAUUUCCUAAUGGUGGUGGAACAGAGUCAACUAACGGGCGAAAAAGGGCAUACCAUUGGGAGCAAGCAACAAUGGAGAAAAUAAGAAAAAGGCAUGAAAAGAUGAACAACACAAUUUUGCAAUGGGAGAACGAGAAGAAGGUGAAGGCUAAACGCCGAAUGGAAAGAAAAGAGAGGAAAUUGGAAAUGAAGCGCACUAAAAUAUUACAAGAAUUCCGGGAAGAGAUGAAAAGGAUUGACAUGAUUGCUUCAGGAGCAAGAGCAGUGGCAGAUGAUGAGAAACGAAGGGCUGAAUUGAAGGCAAAGGAGAAAGCAAAGAAGAUGCAAGCAACUGUGAAAGUCCGCCGUAAAUGUUUCUGUUUCUGAAGCUCAACAGAAUGUAGUGAAUUCCUCAAGCAAAUAAUAAUUCAUUUAUAUGAACACAACAAUGGUUUUUUUUUUUUA